AUGACUGCGAGGCAAGGGUCUUGCAGAAAGGGCCCGAAGCAAUUCUGGUGGAAGGAGGCUUCCGUGUACCAGAUUUACCCAGCGUCGUUCUGCGACAGCAAUGGCGACGGGGUUGGGGAUCUCCCCGGCAUCAUCAGCAAGCUGGACUAUCUCAGCAAUCUCGGCGUUGAUGUCGUCUGGCUAUGUCCCGUGUACAAAUCGCCGCAGGUAGACAUGGGCUAUGACAUUGCUGACUACCGGUCGAUUCACCCGCCAUACGGGACCAUGCAGCAUGUGGACGCCCUGAUACGGGGGUUGCACGACCGGCAGAUGAAGUUGGUCAUGGACUUGGUGGUGAAUCACACGUCUGAUCAGCACGCUUGGUUCCAAGAGUCGCGAUCCUCGCCUCAAAGCGACAAGAGGAACUGGUACAUCUGGAGAAAGCCCGUCAUUGACGGAAACGGGAACCGACACCCUCCGAAUAACUGGGCCUCCGUCUUUGGAGGAAGCGCUUGGGCUUUUGACGAGCCAUCGGGGGAGUACUACCUCCACCUCUUUUGCCCUGAACAACCCGACCUGAACUGGGAGAAUCCAAGCGUGGUGCAAGAGGUGCAUCGUGUCAUGGAAUUCUGGCUCGACAAGGGCGUCGACGGUUUCCGCAUGGACGUCAUCAAUUUCAUCAGCAAAACCAGCGGCCUUCCCGACGCGGCCGUGACGAGACCAGGCCAGGCCUUUCAACCCGCAGAGAAGCUGUACGCCAACGGGCCGCACCUCCACGAGUAUCUGCGUGGUCUGCGCCGAGUCUUGGACAGAUACGAUGCCUUUGCUGUGGGCGAGAUGCCGUGCGUCGAUGACGAGAAGGAGGUCCUCAAGGCGGUUGCUGGGCCACGUAACGAGCUCAACAUGAUUUUUCAAUUUGAGCUAGUAGACAUAGACACCGGCCCGGCUGGGAAAUUCUCCCACCAGGACUGGACGCUCCAGACCUUCAAGGGCAUAGUCGAGAAGUGGCAGGCAUGCAUGUAUGAAAACGACGGCUGGAACGCCUUGUUCCUGGAAAACCACGACCAGAGCAGGUCCGUUUCAAGGUUCACGCCACACACCCCACCGCACAGAAAGGCUGCUGCGAAAAUGCUCGCCUCCGUAAUCGGUCUGCAGGCCGGUACUCUCUUUGUGUACCAGGGCCAGGAGCUCGGCAUGGCCAAUCUCCCGGCUUCGUGGCCCAUAGAGGAGUACAAGGACGUGGAAACACAAAACUUUUAUCGGCUAGCCGUGGAGCAGAGCACGACCGACGAGCAGCUCGAGGCAUUCCUGCGCGAGGUGCGACUCAAGGCUCGAGAUCACGGUCGGUCUCCCGUGCAGUGGAGUGCCGAAAAACACGGGGGCUUCACAACGGGCACACCCUGGAUGCGAGUCUCGGACGACUACACCGACUGCAAUGCCGCGCAGCAAGAGACGGACCCGAGCAGCGUGCUCGCAUACUGGAGACGCGUCAUACGCGCCAGACGGCAGCACACAAACGUGGUCGUCUACGGGGACUUUUGCCUGCUGGAUCGGGAGCACCCGGCCGUGUUCAGUUACCAGCGCAGGGGGGCGGGCGGCACCAUGACGGUAGUGGCCAACUUUGGCGAGAGCCAGCAGACAUGGGAACUGCCGGAGGGGUGUCCUCGCAGCUGGACCGGGGAUCAGGUCCUGCUGGCCAACUAUCCCGUCUCCGCGUCCGGGGGAUCGCCGGCAGCGGGCAGGCUGUCGCUGAGGCCGUUUGAGGUGCUGGUUAUUUUGCAGGAGGACGGUGGGGGGACGGAUGGAGCUUGUGCUGCGCUUUGA